AUGCAUGCGACAACAACGCGCCGCGCCUUUGCCUCCCACCGGUGGACGCUAGCCGCCGACGCCACCGAUGCCACAGCGCUCACAUGGUCCAUGGGCCUCCAGGCCGCGAACCCGCGUCACCUCGAUGACGCCGUGGCCGAUGUCUCCGAUCCAACGCGGUCGACGUACGGUCGGUACUUGAACGUGGAAGCAGCGAAUGCACUCGUUGCACCGGCGCCUGAGACGCUUGAGGCCAUUCACGCCUGGCUCGGUCACCGACGCACGUCCUAUUGCGCAGCCACCAACAUCCUCACCGUGUUUAGCUCCGUGGGCGAGACGCGUCAGCUCUUCGGUACGGAGAUUGCGACCUUCCAGAGUGACGGACGUCGUAUCCUCCGGGCAUCGACAGAGAUGCAGCUACCCGAGCACAUCCACCGACACCUCUCGUUUGUGAGCCUCAACUCGGCGCCGCUGUCGUUGGCGCCACUACGCGCGACGAUCUCGAAGCGAGCCAGCAGCUACAUGACGCCGCUCAAGCUGCGCAAGCUCUACAACGUCCCGGCGAGCGCCCAUGUGACGCAGGCGACGCAGGGCAUUCCUGCCUUUUACGCGCAAAACUGGUCGCCGUCGGACCUCGCAGCCUUUGAGAACCUGCACAAACUCAUGCCGGCGCCCGUGCUGCAGCGCGGCAACCGGCGAAACAACCCACUGCCAGAGUACGCCACCGGCGAAGUCUCGCUCGAUUUGCAGUACAUUACGGCCAUGGCGCCCAACGCCACGACGACGGUGUGGACGAUGAACAGCACCAACCCGUUCUCGACCGACGACGAGCCGUUCGUGGACUGGGCCGCCGACGUCUUGAGCGACCCGCGUCCGCCGCUCGUGCACUCGCUCUCGUACGCAGACGACGAAGACCACAUCAUGGAGGUCGCGAAAGAGUACGCGCUGCACCUCGACACGCUGCUGCAAAAGAUGGCGGUGCGCGGCCUCACCGUGCUCGUGGCCAGCGGCGACGACGGCGUGGCAGGGCAACGCAUUCAUGCCAAGAAGAUGAGCAUCGACGCAGGCUGCGCCACGUCGGGGCCCCAGUGGCCGUCGUCCAGCCCGUACGUGACCUCGGUUGGCGCGACGCAGCUCGAUGCAAACGGCGUUGAAGUGGUGUGCUCGGGUGCGCUCCACGGCGGCAUCACGUCGGGCGGCGGCUUCUCCAACGUCUACCCCACGCCAGCGUACCAGAAGCCUGCCGUCGCGGCCUACCUCUCGUCCCAUGCGUGUCCAACGAAACCCGGCUUCUUCAACCCGCAAGGCCGAGCGUACCCCGACAUUGCCGUUCUGGGCGCCCAUUAUAGUGUGAUUGUCAACGGCAAAGUGAAGGGCAUCAGCGGCACGUCGGCGUCCACACCGGCCUUGGCCGGCCUCGUCACGCUCUGGAACGACCAACGACUCCGCGCUGGCCUCCCGCCCCUCGGGUUCCUCAACCCGCUCUUGUACCAGAUCGGCAGCAAGCACAACGCUGCGUUCUACGAUGUUGUCAGCGGCAAUAACGGCGCGGCCCGCAACGGCACCUACAGCUGUCCCAUCUCGUUUGCGGCGGGACCGGGUUGGGACGCGGUGAGCGGCUGGGGCACGCCGCGCUUCGACGUUCUCUCGACCCUCGUGGCGGCCAAGACGCAUCGCCCCCGUCUCACGAGCGAUCGCAGUAACUACUACACGAUCGCACUCGCGGGCCUCGGCCUUGCUGGCGCUGCUCUUCGUGCUCGUGCACCGCCGCCGCAACAACAAGCGCAAGCGUGCACGCUCGGGUCAUCGAUGCUUGAAAGCCUCGUGGAGGGCAAGUGGUGUAGCUAA